UGGAUAAAGUUAUCAAACACCUUGAAGCCAAAAAUAUUAUGGUUUUAAAAAAUGUUGCCAUAUCAAAUAGGUCUUUAAGGGCUGAUUUAGUGACCAAAGAAUUAGAGCGGAAAGAAUUAGAAGAAUAAUUUGGUGACCCGAGAAUUAGAGAAGAUCUAUAAAAAAAUCCUUUUACUAUUAAAAGUUUGUUAUAGCCCACAACGAACCGCCUAUAAAACCCACGCGGGCCGCGCCAAGUCGCUGCCUUCUCUAGUGCAAUCGCGGAGCUACCUCAGCUGCCGUGUCCUGCACAGCCGCCGCUUCCGACGCAGCAAAGGCGAACGCGAAGCAGCAAGCAAUCAAGAUCGAUGGGGCGGUCGCCCUGCUGCGAGAAGGCGCACACCAACAGGGGCGCGUGGACCAAGGAGGAGGACGAGCGCCUGGUGGCCUACAUCCGCGCGCACGGCGAAGGGUGCUGGCGGUCGCUGCCCAAGGCGGCGGGCCUGCUGCGGUGCGGCAAGAGCUGCCGGCUGCGGUGGAUCAACUACCUCCGGCCCGACCUGAAGCGCGGCAACUUCACCGCCGACGAGGACGACCUCAUCGUCAAGCUGCACAGCCUCCUCGGGAACAAGUGGUCGCUCAUCGCCGCGCGGCUCCCGGGGCGGACGGACAACGAGAUCAAGAACUACUGGAACACGCACGUCCGGCGGAAGCUGCUGGGCAGGGGCAUCGACCCCGUCACGCACCGCCCCAUCGCCGCCGACGCCGUGACCGUGACCACCGUCUCGUUCCAGCCCAGCCCCAGCGCCGCCGCCGCAGCAGCAGCAGAAGCCGAGGCGACGGCCGCCAAGGCGCCCAGAUGCCCCGACCUCAACCUCGACCUCUGCAUCAGCCCGCCGUGCCAGCAGCAGGAGGAGGAGGAGGAGGUGGACCUCAAGCCCUCCGCCGCCGUCGUCAAGCGGGAGGUUCUGCUGGGCGGCCGCGGCCACGGCCACGGCGGGGCGCUCUGCUUCGGCUGCAGCCUGGGCGUCCAGAAGGGCGCGCCCGGGUGCAGCUGCAGCAGCAGCAACGGCCACCGCUGCUUGGGGCUCAGGGGCGGCAUGCUGGACUUUAGAGGCCUCAAGAUGAAGUGAACGAAGCCCAGCGAGAUGGGCGGAUUCUUCUGGUUCGUCGGUUUGGUUGGUUCUCGCCUUGAUGGAUCUGGAUAGCUAGUUCCUGGUAGGAGGAUAGUGGAAGAUGAGAAGGAGAGCCAAGAUGGCGAGAGGAUUCGUGGCUCGUGGAUAGCUUAGUUCCUCCGGCCUCCCUGCUCUCUCUUAUCUUCCAUUUUGUGUAAAAGAAAAGAAAAGAAAAGAAAAGAAAGAAUCCCCUGGCUGUGCCUGAAUGUUAGGAAUGAUCAUGUAUACUCUGAUGCUAGCUAUACUAGUCGGUAGGUUGGUAGCACAUGUAAAUUGUCAACCUCAUCAACUUCUGUUUUCCUCUGUGUUUAUGGAGAAGAUGUAUACUAUACUAAUUACAAGA